UUGGUCCGUUAAACUCCAAAAAUAGGAAGUUAGAGAAUUGAGGAGUCAAGGCGGCAAUGGAGUCACCAUUCAAGGCGGAGGUACUGAAGGGCAAGGUGGCGUUGUUGACCGGAGGAGCCUCGGGAAUUGGGUACGAGAUAUCAGUUCAGUUGGGCAAACAUGGAGCCUCCAUUGCCGUCAUGGGUCGUCGUAAAAACGUCAUCGACUCCGCUGUUGAAUCCCUUCACUCCCUUGGCAUUCCGGCUAUCGGACUUGUGGGUGAUGUUCGCAAAAGAGAUGAUGCAGUUAGAGUUUUGGAAUCAACUGUCAAGCAUUUUGGUAGGCUCGAUAUCCUUGUGAAUGCUGCUGCUGGCAAUUUCCUUGUCCCGUCUGAGGAUCUAUCCCCAAAUGGAUUUCGAACAGUUUUAGAUAUAGAUGCUGUUGGCACCUUUACAAUGUGUCAUGAAGCACUCAAGUAUCUCAAGAAGGGGGCACCAGGGAAGGAUUCAUCUGUCGGUGGAACAAUAAUGAACAUAAGUGCCACUUUGCAUUAUACAGCUACUUGGUAUCAAAUUCAUGUAUCUGCAGCAAAGGCUGCUGUUGAUAGCAUUACAAGAAGCUUGGCAUUGGAAUGGGGCACAGAUUAUGAUAUCAGAGUCAAUGGUAUUGCUCCAGGACCUAUUGAAGACACUGCUGGCUUUAGUAAACUCUUACCUCAGGAGAUAUUGAGCAAAUUUAAGGUGAAUGCUCCUACAACAAAAGUAGGACAGAAAUGGGAUAUUGCUAUGGCUGCAGUAUAUCUUGCGUCUACCGCAGGGAAAUACAUCAAUGGAACAACAUUGGUUGUAGAUGGGGCAGAUUGGUUGACCAAACCUUCCCAUCUUCCGAAAGAGAGGGUAAAGCAACUGUCCCGAGCUGUGGAGCGAAGGUCUAGAAAUGAACCAGUUGGCAUUCCAAAGAGCAAGCUCUAAUCAUUCCACUUGGUGCUUUUGCUCAACAUUGAAGUCAGCUUAUUCUGUGAAUUCCUUCUGUGGGAAGAUCCAUACCCACAACAUAUUAAUGUAAUGUUACUCAAAGCAAUACCAGUCAAAUAGAUACAUUGUUUGAUCGUGUAAUAAUUUAAUAGUCAAAUAGAUACAUUGUUUGAUCGUGUAAUAAUUUAAUAUUCAUCUUGACAGACUACACAGUAUGUGUACGUAUAUAUAUGUAUUACAAGCGCGCGCAAGGCCUACAGCGCAAGGCAAAGCACUGAAUAACACAAAGCAUUACGACUCCAGUGCUAAUCCUUAGCUCAACUGAAUAACAUAAGCAUUAUGACUCCA